AUGUCGGUAUUUCAUGACGAAGUGGAGAUUGAGGAUUUUGAGUUUGAUGAAGGAGCUGGUGUUUAUCAUUUCCCAUGUCCUUGCGGCGACAGAUUUGAAAUUACAAAGUAUGUUUUUCAAUUUUUCUUUAUAGUUUUAGGUAUUGAUUGAAGAAUUAAAAAACGCUUUCACGUUGUUUUUAUGGAUAUUAUAGGAUAUUUUUUUUAUUACUAUGACGCUUAAUUGCAUAACUUUUUUUUUAUUAGAGAGCAGCUAGAAGCCGGAGAAGACGUAGCUGCAUGUCCGAGUUGUUCUUUAUUGGUGAGAGUGAUAUACGACAUGGAGAUGUUCGUGCAGAUGGAAACGAUAACCGCAUCAACACCAGUAACGGCUUGA